AUGCAUGUUCUCAUCGUUGGAGACCGGGUGGACGACGGCUCUGGCUCGUCGGGCACCGUCCGCUACGUUGGCCCUGUGGUGACAGCGAAAAAUGCAUCUACGCUGUACUACGGCAUCGAGUGGGACGAGUGGGGUCGCGGCAAGAACGAUGGCAGCGUCGAGUUGCCAAGUGGAGAGCGCGUGGUGCAUUUCUCGGGGCCUCCAGGCCGCAAAGUGUCAGGACACGGAAGUCCAGUGAGCUACAAACGCUCGUUCGUGAAAGCUUCAGUUUUUGACAAGACAGCCGAACGAAGUUCGCUAUUACAGCGACUGCAUGAAAGAUAUUCCAACAAAGAACAAUAUUCCAAGUCAGAGGAAGGAACUCCAGGUGACGUGGUGGUAGCCGGAGAGGUGGGCACGACGCUGGGCAGCGAGAAACCCAUUGAAUUCGUGGGAGCCAAGAAGCUCAGCACCCAGCAAACGCUGCAAACUAUCGAUAAAAUUUCACUUUCAAAUUGUCGAUGGAGUGACAUAAUUGCUGUCAUCCGCGAACUUCCGCUACUGGAGACGCUGAUUCUAAGCGGGAAUAAGUUGACAAUUGAGGAAGAAAAUGACAGUAGCAAACUAGCAAUUUUUGAGAAUUUGAAGGUGCUGGUGCCAAGCUACACUCUGCUAUCAUGGAAAAAUGUGGGAGCGAUCAUCACACGCCACUUGCCCAAGCUGGAACAGCUGCAUGUAGUAGGCAACGAGUACGAAGACGACCAGCUGACAGAGUGGGAGCCAACUGGAGGCUGGUUGGAGACGCUGUCGGUGUUGGAUUUGAGUCUCAACCGCUUGAAAUCAUGGAGCAAAGUGCUGCAAGUUGUUGGGGAGUUCGCGAACUUGAGUCAGCUCUUCUUACACGGGAAUCAGAUCGUGACGCUCGUGGCUGACGUGAAGCCAACCUCGUUCCAGCAGCUUACGACGCUGUCGCUGAGUGAGAAUCUGGUCGAUUCGUGGACUUCUAUUGACGCUUUGAAUGCUUUUCCUCUGCUGGAUACUCUACGCUUUUCAAAGAACCCAUUGACGACGCAGAUGAGUCUGGGCGAAGCUCGAUUGCUGGUUGUUGCAAGAACUGACCACAUCGCAGUGUUUAAUGCAAGUCCAGUCCGCGAGAAAGAGCGCAAGGAAGCAGAACAACUCUAUCUGAAGCGAAUCUUGCACGAACUGGCUGUGAUCGGCGAAGAUACGACCGAAUAUGGGCGUGUAUUAGCAGCUCAUCCACGCUUCACUCGCUUGCGAGAGCUGCAUCCAGAGAUCUCCAUUGAUCAAAAUGGCUACACUGCGGAUAGUGGAUCUACGGCUGGUCCAAGGAAGUUGGCGUCGAGUCUCAUUAAAGUCAGCAUCAUCCCAAUGUCAAUGCAAGCGACUGGUUUCGAACCUUUAGUCAAGAAAAUCUCUCAACAGAUGAAGGUAUCGCAGCUCAAAGUACUCAUCGAGACGAAAUUCGGCAUCCAAGUCCCUGCUCAAGUGCUUUCCUUCCGUACCGACUCGAGAGUAAGUGUGUAUCCUACUACGGAAUGCAGGUAA